UGUAGGUGAAUGAUGUGUCCUGUGGGACAACGAUGCAGAACAAUAACCAUAACCACCAAAGCCGUUAAUAGAUACAACUACACACAAUGGUGUGUGUGUGUGUGUGUGUGUAUGUGUGUGUGUCUGCCUCUGUAUGCAAGUCUGAAUCGUUGUCAGUCAGUUUCCGAUUUGAAUCAGGAGUCAGAACUUAGUAGUCGUUCCGAUCUUUGGGAAUAUCGUAGACAUUGGCAUCCAUAUUUGUGUAUAACAUCCACACAACUUGAAAAUCGGACACAAUUUUGUACACAACUUUUUAUUCAAUAUUAUUUAGUGUAAAAUCACAAACGGGAGUCAUCCGCGGCGGUAUAUACAUACAUGCCCCAUUCUAUGGUUGCAUAUGCUUCUUUAAGUUGAAGUGCGCGAUUCAAAAGUUUUGCAAAAAUAAUACAAUUCAAAUUUUAAAGUCGCUGCGGCUGCACAAUCGUCACGAUUCGGUUAAUCAGCGCUAUAUUGGCGGCAACCGACUAACGAAAUUGAAAACCAAUAUUGAAACUGAAACUGAUCCACCCAACAACCAAUCAAUCAAUCAAUCAAUCGAUCACAGACUGCAAUUUUGUGUCGAUUCAUUGGUGUGUCAUUAUUCUAAAUUGUGGACUUCUAAGAAUUUCCAUUCGAGUGUAAUCUCAAUUAUUAUUAUUAUAUAUACAUAUAUAGUUUACAUUAUUUUUGUCGAUUUUGUUGUUGUUGUGUCUUCAUCAUAUGGAAAUUGCGAGGGGAGGCUAACCUUCUAGUUAAACUGUGCUCCUAUUUCAAUUGUCAUUGGCUUGUCCAGGCGCCCAGACGAGCUGCCCUCGCCAGCAACACGCCAACGUCAACAGCAAGUUCUCCCAGCUUAAGCUGGCCCCAAUCCUUCAGAGUCGACAGCUGCAAGCUGGCGUCCGUCCAGAACGAAAGCAAGCAAUUGAAUGUAUUGAAAGUCUCACUGGUGUUUCAGACUUGGAGGUGGAAAAGCGGAAACAGCGUCAUCGGAAACUGCAAUUGCAGCAGCAACAGCAGCAGCAGAGGCAGGUUGAGCGGCCGCAAGAGAUUGAGGAGGCUUACCACAUGCGGUGCCACAAAGGCAAUUCAGUUCUUAAGCACGACGAGUCCAGCAAGGAUAUAGAAAAAGAGAAUCAAAUGGCCGAACGAUCAAAAGCUCAGGAGCGACGCAUUUAUGAGUUAGAUCAAAAUGUUGAGCGUUAUUUUGACGUGCGAAAGCGCCUGGGCAAAGGCGCCUACGGCAUUGUAUGGAAAGCCAUUGACAAGCGCCAAAACAACACUGUGGCACUCAAGAAGAUCUACGAUGCGUUCCGCGAUGAAACCGAUGCCCAACGCACCUAUCGCGAAGUUGCCUUUCUACGCGCUUUUCGCCCCCAUCCCAACAUAAUCCGUCUGCUGGAUAUAUUCAAAUCGUCAAACAAUUUGGACUUUUAUUUGGUGUUUGAGUACAUGGACAGCGAUCUACACAAUGUUAUCAGAAAGGGUAACGUCCUUAGGGCCAUACACAAGCGAUUCGUCACCUAUCAGUUGAUCAAUGCGAUCAGAUAUAUGCACUCGGGCAACGUCAUCCACAGGGAUCUGAAGCCAAGCAACAUUCUGAUUGACAACAAGUGCAGAAUCAAAGUAGCCGACUUUGGACUGGCGCGAACUUUGUGUGUAAAGCGACGCACCAACUCCGACUACGAAAGCAAGGAUGAGCUGGACAGUGGAGUCAUGCUGACCGAUUAUGUGGCGACCCGUUGGUAUCGUGCACCCGAAAUUUUGGUGGCCAGUCGCAGAUAUACAAAGGGCAUUGAUAUGUGGAGUCUGGGCUGCAUACUGGCCGAGAUGAUACUCCAGAAGCCGCUUUUCCAAGGUAGCAGCACCAUUAAUCAGAUUGAGAAGAUUGUGAAUGCGCUGCCCGAUGUAACGGAACGGGAUAUCGAAUCGAUCGGCGCCACCUUCGGCUCGAUUUUGCUUAGCAAGAAGAUUGUGCGGGAUUGUCGCCACUCCCUGGACGAGCUGAUACCGUAUUGCUGUGACGAUGCCAUGUCGUUGAUCAAAUCGCUGCUGGUCCUCGAUCCGGAUGGCCGGCUAACGGCCAAGGAGUCGAUCGCCCAUCCGUAUGUGCUUCGCUUUCGCAGCUCCUCGGCGACCCUGGAACUGCGCACGGAGGUCAAACCGACACUCAACGAUGAUAUUCGCUACUGUGUGAAUGAUUAUCGCACCCGGCUGUACGAGAUGAUUGCGCCCGAGUUGCGCGCCAGUGCUCGCCACAGCAGCGCCACACCAAAGACCCCCGUAGCUCCGCCAACUGGCUCCGAUGUACAGCCGCCAGCAGCCGCUUUGACGCACGUCAUCCGAGCCGUAUCGAAAACCAGUUCACAUCAUAGAUCUGUCGCCAGCAGUUGCCAUGCAGCUGGACAAACAGAGUUCGUCACGCAGUCUAUAUCCAAUAUGACUAAGAGCUGGGUGGAUGAGCAGCGAAAGCACCACAGACAGCAGCAGCAAUUUCAAAAGAAACACCAACCACAUCAGGAACAACAGCAACAACUGCGUCCACAGCUGCAGCUUCAGCAGCAGCAGCAGCAGCCACAAAAGCACUUGCCGCACCUGCAUCGUACCAACCGGAAUUCCAAUGAACCCAACUCUCAGUUGCGUCGCACUGCUGCCAAGGAACUGCCCACACAGAUGGCGCCGCAUCGGGAGCAGCUAUCCGCUGUGGGUGCAGCAACAGCAACGGUUGAGCAGCCGGUGCGUGUCCGCAAAUCGCGUAAGGAGUCCAAUCAGCGACGUCUGGACAAGAUUAAAAGGUUAAUCGAGCAGACCAAUACGAAAUCAGAGCAGCCAGCAGUAGCCGUGGCCACAGAUAACAUCGAACCGCAGGCCGAGUUCCAAUUGAAUCACUUGACAAUGGCGCACAGCCAAGCCAUCGAGCGAAUGCAGUCAAAAGCCAUGCAAAUAAAUGUAACAUUGGAGCAGAUCAAGCUGGAGCAUCAGGAGCUGGUUCACAAUAAUUAUAGGAACGAAGUGAUUCAUCCACAGCAUAAGCAUUUCCCCCACGAGCAGCAAAAUGAGGAGCUGAUGGAUGCAGCUGCCUACUUUUGCCUGAAUUCGCGUCUGCGCCAGCUGGAGGAUGAGAUGGACAAGUGCAAGCGACAGAUCUUUAACUAUGUGCAGGACAAUCAGCAGGUGCUUCACGAGCAGAGCCUCUGCACGCAGAUCGGCCAAUUGCUGCAGCCAUCGUCAUCGUCAUCGACAUCAACAUCGACUACAUCGCCACCUGUUAACUCAUCGCAAUGCGAUUCCGGUGUCAACCAGAAUCCAAUUGCUGCAACUGGCAGCAAUUCAAUGCUGAAGCGCGACAAACAGAAGCAGUUGCAGUUUUGCGAGUUUCUCGCACGCGACGAGAGCAAUGCCAAUGCCUACGAGCCACCCAAUCUUGGCAACGUCUACAAGUUCAGCCAGUUGCAUGUCCAUGUCCAAAACGAUCUGGCCCAAUCUAUGGCCUCAGCAUCUUCGCAACGACAAUUGUCGUCAACCCUCAAGAAGAGCACCGACUGUAUGCCCGUCCAGAAGGACAUUCGUCCGGUGUCGCGAGUGUAUCCCAAUAAUUUGGCGUUUCCAGGCGCACAGCCUCACGCGAGAGAGAAGUAGCCGGAGAAACGGCAUCAAUCACAGCCAAUCACACAUCCUUAUUACGAGUCUUUACGCCUUCAGGAGGUACUUAUCUACCGUGCGGAUCCGAACGAAAUCGUGGAUUCCGAGCAACUGAAAAACAAUUAAAUGUACGUUAAAAUAUAUAAAUAUAUAAAUAAAAUGUGCCAUAGUGUCGAAUAGAGUUUAAACUUGGAAUUAGGUUGAUCUACAAUUAUAAAAACGCUUCUCUAUCAAAUGUUCUUAAAACGCUGAAAUAUCAC